AUGCAGACGUGGAUCAACAAUUGCCUCAUAGGCUUUCUCGGCUUCCUGACUUAUGUCAGGGGGAAUAUUGUAAUUUAUACAUCGGACCCACCCCACACGAUAGCCGACGAGUUCCGCGACAUGCCCGCGAGCUUCGGGCCCGACCUUCCCCCGGACGGCCUGCGCGGGUUCCUCGUGUCGGGGGAGCCGGCCGACGGCUGCGGCGCCAUGACGAAGCCGCCCGUCGAAGUCAACUUCACGGGCAAAUGGAUAGUGCUCGUCGCGAGAUACAACUGCAGUUUCGAGGUGAAGGUCCGCAAUGCGCAAGCGGCGGGCUUCGACUGCGCGAUCGUGCACAAUGUCAACUCCAGUGAACUCGAGACGAUGUCGGCGAACGACCCCGCGGGGAUAGACAUCCCGUCGGUGUUCGUGAGCGACCGCGACGGUCUCCUGCUCUCCGAGGAAUACGUGUACACGAACCGCUACUUCAUAAUGGUGAACGGCGACUUGCCAUUCAACAUCAACACGCACUUGCUGCUGCCUUUCGCGAUCGUGGUCGUGCUGUGCCUCGUCGUCAUCCUAGUGUUCAUGAUAGUCAAGUGCAUAAAGGACCGCCGGCGAGCGAGGCGACACCGUCUCCCGAACCGCUCCCUCAAGAAGAUCCCGACGUGCAAGUUCAGCAAGGGCGACCCGUACGAGACGUGCGCCAUUUGCCUCGACGACUACCAGGAAGGAGAGAGGCUGAGAGUGCUGCCCUGCGCCCACGCCUACCACGCGAAGUGUAUUGAUCCGUGGCUGACCCAGAACCGCCGCGUGUGCCCCGUGUGCAAGCGACGAGUGUUCGCAGCGGGCGAGAGGCGCCGCCCCCACUCUGACUCCGACAGCGACGAGACCGAGCCGCUCGUCGGCGACUCCCAGAGUCCUAACGACACUCAGAGCGGCACGUUCGAAGAGCAGCGCGAGAAUCCCUUCGUGAGGGCGGCGCGGUACAUCGCCCGACUGAGGGCCCGGCGGCAGGACGGGUCGGACCCUGAGGUGGCAUCGCAGCGAGCCCCGCUCGCCGAAGACAAUGAGCAAAUUAACAGUAACGAAGUUACAGUAGAAGUCGAGCCAGCGGAAGACACGCAGCCGCUCCUGCCGCGACGCCAGCGCAGGCGCCGGAAUCGGAGAUCGCGCUCGGCCGAAGCGCCCCCCGCCCAGGCCGCUGCGGACUCUGAAAUCGGUGUGGCGGCCCUUCCCGCCGCGAGACCCGUCGCGGACGGCCGAUACGUGGACUUAUGA